AAUCAACGAUUUGUGUAAUUAAUUUAUUGAUGAGCCCUAACUUAAAUUCAACAAUUUUCACAAAUUGUAGAUAAAAAUUAUGCGCUUCAAUAAGGCUGAAUUAGCAGCUUUGGCCUCAAAUCCAGCAGUGAAAUUUGAUAAAGAAGGUCUUUUGAUUAUAACAGAACGUCAAGAAGGUUUUUUUAGGCGCACAGAUGUUAAUUAUCCACGUUGGUGUAAAUUACGAGGAAAUUUGCUUUUUUACCUAAAGGAUCACGAUCCACGUUCACCGCUAAUCGGUGUUCUGUUAUUAGAGAAUUGUCGCCCCAUAAUACGAAACGAAGAGCGAGAAUUUGAUGGUUACGUUUUUAUAUUGGAAUUUGAAGGCAGUCCUCCACAACGCAUAUCGGCUCGGACUGCUGAAGAGCGCCUAGACUGGGUAAAGGCAUUGCAACUUGCUUCGUAUUCCUAUUUAAAUCGACAGAUAAAAUACCUGCAGGAUCAGAUAGCAGCCAAAAUGGGUAAUCGCAUCGAACAUGGUACACCUAUUUGUGCUGUUGGCAGUGAUGCUAAUUUGUUGCUCAAUGCCAGUACAAGCAUGGGUGCAGAACUUCCAGAGCCCACUAAAGAAGAAGAAGAUUUAACGGAGGUGCCAAUAUGUGAGUCAGCUUUGUCCUGUGAUAACUUACCUUGCGAUGAUAAUGGAAGGCCACCAAAUCCGCGUGUUGUUUGUUCUGUACUGGCACAUGGUCAUGACUGGCUUUGGCGUGAUUAUGCACGCACUGAAAUUGUCGAGAACUCCAGUAAUCCACAAUUUUUAUGCACGGUUUGCUUUCGUCACAGCGACGGUUUUAAUACUGAUUCAAUGCUACGCUUCACAGUUUAUAAUAUACGUGAAAAAAUGUCACAUACCUCUGUGCCAAUGGGUUUCGCUGAAGUUGCUUUAGGUGUUAUACAGGAUGCUACACGUUUUCGUAUCCCUUUGCGUUCCAUAAGCGGUGAAUGUGGAUUUAUUACAAUUGCUUCAUGGGCGCCUGAUACUGAGAAGCAGCCGCCACCUCGAUCUACAACUCAAGUUUUUGAGCAACAAACAAAAGGUUGUUAUAAAAAGAUCAUUGCUAAAUAUGUUUUGUAUAAGAAAUAUUUAUCUCCUACAGGUCACCGUCGUUCGCAAUCCUUGCCCCCAAAGCUGGGCGUUAAACUAUUUGUACCUUUUCAAGGUAACAUUCAACGUAUUUUUGCAAAUCCAAGUAUUCAUACAUAUCGCUUACAUACUGGAACUGGCGGUGAUAUAAGCGUUCACGAGACUUUAAUGGAAAGCAAACUGUGCUUUGCUAUACCACAACAAUUGCUCUCCAUUUGGAUACAGCGAGAAAAGGAAUUACUACAGGAAAUAUCGGGUAUGGGUGAAUUGGGUGGUGAGUGGCGGCGGAGACAAAUGGAUUUACUUGAUAAGCACCUAAAACUACUUAAAGAUUAUUCACAAGCCAAACAAAAUCUUCAGCCAUUAACAAAUGAUGAAGGUCCUUUCUUCAAACGUUCAUCUGUCAAAACGGAUAAAUCAUUAGAAUUUAUACCAGUCAAUUUGCAUCUACAACGUAUGUGGGCACAUAAUGACGGUUUAAAUCGUACAGGUGUUCUAGAUAUCAUAACAGUGGGUGCCUUCACAAGACACGCAACCAAAGGCCGCACAGGAGGGUUAAUUAGAUUAUUACAAGAAACCAAAGAAUCACCCACAAAGUGCGAAACUAGUAAUGCGUGUAAAGUUCAGGCCGCAAAUGAUGCAGUGCAAGCCAUAAAACAGUUGCGCAAGGAAAUCGUAGAAAUAAUGUCACAACUACUGAUAUUGGCGAAGUGCAAAAAUCCCAAAGGCAUGAUGCCCUUGUGUAAUGCAAUGAUAACGAAAACUAAAACAUUGUUAAACAUAUGGGAACCUACAUUGGUAGAGGAUGCUUUUGCGUUUAUAGAACAGCAUCGCAUUAUAGAGGAGCCGGACAAUGUUUUAAUGCCAAUGUCACCCUUUCGCAAAAUUACACAACAACUUGGCGCUUUGGAUUUAAAAUCACCUGAAUUGGAAGAUUUUGCUACACCAGUUGUGGCACCACCUGAUUUGUGGCCACGUACAAAAACGCCUACAAAACAAUCAGCAAGAACUUUAGUUCGUUCUAAUAGUGAAUGUCUUAGACCUUCAGCAUCCGCAUUGGAUAUAAGCGCCAUAUAUAAUCUGCAUCGCACUGUUAAAUGUUACAAUGAGCAAUUAAAAAUGAGAGAAACUGCAGCUUAUAACAACGAAUUUUCUGAUGCCGAGGCAACCUUUCAAUCUUUACCCGUCACUUGGAGUAAUGACAUGAAUAUCAAUGAGUGUCAUUUUGCCAAAACGCCGGAUAUGGAUGAAGAAUCAUAUAUGUCCGAUUCUAAUUUUAAGCUCGUAAAUUUAGAUGAAGUGCCAAAUGAAACUUUAAUAACGUCUUCCAACAGUUUUAUGCCAACUGUUAAUACUAAACAAUACAAAAAUACACACAGAAAUGCUGAAUCAUGUGAUUAUGGUUAUGAUGAUGUGGAACCCAUGAAUGCAAAUGUGAACUCUGCUGGUUUUUUGGAUACAAAAAUUAUGAGCUCAUCACCGUCAGCAAAUUAUUAUCGUCCUACAGAAGAACCGGAACCUUUAGAUUUAACGCAACUGAAUAUAGAAGCAAGUGUUAUGUGUUUAGUUAGCAAAAUAAAAUUUCUCUGUGGUCGUUGCGGUAGUCCAGCAAUACGUCUAAGACAUCCAAAGACGGCAAUGAAACGUGCAGGUUUUACAAAUUCACCAGCACCGGAUGUGGUGUCUAGUCAAUUAAGUGAUAAUGGUAAUCAAACUGAUUAUUAUUCUAAUACGGAAUCAGAAAGCGUUAUUAAUGGCAACGGUUUGAAUUUGCAUUUAGUCGAUACAACGGAUCCAAGUAUACAAAUGUCAGAAGAAAAUAAUAUGGCUACAAAGAAAGGAAAUAAAUUUACCGAUGGUUUGGAUCUAUCGUUGACAACAGAUUGGGCUUCAGAAUUGCGUCCAUCUAUGCGCAAACUACGUCAUGCCAUGGAUGGACUUUUAAAGACUGCGAGACUUAUGCAUUCUGUACAACGUUUGCAACAAGACAUGAGACGUAACAGUAUUAAUUUAGAAAUUAUGUAUCGCCGGGAUGUAUGCUUUUCACAAGCGUUGACAGCAUUAACUAGCGCAUUUAUGGCCAAAUUUUGGGGUACUGACAUCACAGAAAAUUUUAUAAAAAUUCUUUGCGACUUGGGCCCAAUAGUGUACUUUGAGGGCUUAUUAUCGCUUUACGGUGGUGAAACAGAUAUGUGGGGUGAUAUGUGUAUAGCCAUAGAAGAUUUGCUAGCUGUAAAUUUUACGCUUGUGCGUAGCAAUUUGCAAAAAGAUUCAAACAUUGUGCCAAUGCCUCGUAUAACUGGUUCUAGACAAUCUUUAAGCGUACUAUUGCCAGUACCUGAGCAUGUUUAUGCUAUUGUGCCAACUAAGGAAAUGUUGACUUUUAAAGUAACUCCUGUCUUUUUCAACAUUGGUAUUAAUGAGAAGGCAACAAUUGCGGAAACACUUGGACACACACGAGAACAACAACGUUCCAAUUGGGAUAAUUAUGUGCGAUUAAAACAGUAUUAUAGUCGGUUUCGCAAAUUACAACUGAAAGUUCCGGAUACGCCUAGUAAACAUGAACCACAUUUACCCGCCACGGAAGCAUUAGUUACUAUACUGACGUUUAUGGAAGAACAACUACGUGCUAAUGUGGCUAAAAAUGUUAAAAUCUUGCAUUUGGCGGAAGACGCUUGUCGACUGAUGUCAGGUUUACGCUUCACUUCAUGUAAAAGUGCAAAGGACCGCACAGGUAUGGCUGUGACUUUAGAGCAAUGUCGUAUGCUGGUGCAAGAAUUUCAUUUACUUGCAAAAAAUGUACCAUUCGUACUGAAAACUAUGCGCAGUGAGGGCACACGCAUGGAUAAUGUCUUUAAAAAUAUUGACAAACGCAAAUACGCUUUCAACCUACCACAAGUACUUUCCCUACCGGCUAUGUACAGACCUCCAACUGGCUCCUAUGGUAAAGCAGAAACCUAAAUAUAUUUUUUUAAAAGGACAAUGUCAUAACACUGGUUCAAAUAUUUUAUUAAGAUUACAAAAUUCUAAAAUCACACAAGAAGUUUCUUUAGUCAUAAAAAUAUUAAGUGUUUUCCAUAUUCAUUAUAAAUGUAUGUACUUAAUUAUUUAAAGCAUCAAACUUUUUAAAAAAUAACAAAAUGCAAUAAUUUAUACAUAAAAUUAACUUUUUGUUCAUAGUUGUUGUAAUUAAUUAAUUG